UUCUCUUGAUUUCAGCUCCUGGAUUUUCCCUUUUUGUGAGUUCAGUGGAAAAAGUGGAUUCUUUUGAGUUUUGGACUGAUUAUUGAAGUUCAAGUUUUACCUUUGUGCCAAAACAAGAACUCAAGAUUUCUAUGUGAUAUGGAGAAACAGAAUAGUUUUCGGAAUCCUACAAUGGAAAAACAACAAAGUUUUCGCAGCGGGCCAAUGGAGAAGCAGAAAAGCUUUAGGGGUUUAAUGGAAAAGCAAAAGAGUUUCAGGAUAGCGAUGGAGAGACAGAUAAGUUUUGGCGGAGAGAGGAAAAGGGGCAAGGAUUCGCCUGGAAAACGCGGGGAUUCACCACUUCAUCUGGCGGCCCGAGCUGGGAAUUUGGGGAAGGUGAAAGAAAUUUUUCAGAAGUUUGAGAAUAUCAAUAAUGGAAUUAAAGAUCUGUUGUCCAAUAAGAACCAAGAGGGUGAAACUCCAUUAUAUGUUGCAGCUGAAAAAGGGCAUGCUUUGAUUGUUGGAGAGCUCUUAAGACAUUCUGAUGUUGAAACUGCCUCAAUUGUAGCCAACAGUGGCUAUGAACCGUUCCAUGUGGCUGCGAAGCAGGGUCAUAUUGAUGUGCUGAAGGAACUCUUGCGUUUCUUCCCAAACCUGGUCAUGACUACAGAUCCAUCAAAUUCGACUGCCUUACAUACAGCUGCUGCUCAGGGUCACAUUGAUGUAGUAAAUCUGCUUCUUGAUACUGAUUCCAACCUCACGAAGAUUGCAAAAAAUAAUGGCAAGACCGUGCUUCAUACAACAGCAAGAAUGGGUCACUUGGAAGCUGUUAAAUCCCUAUUAAACAAGGAUCCUAGUAUAGGCUCUUGGCCUGAUAGAAAAGGUCAAACGGCGCUGCAUAUGGCCGUGAAAGGACAAAAUGUGGAGAUCGUGACAGAGUUAAUAAAACCUGAACCCUCUGUACUGGGAUUGGAAGAUAACAAGGGAAAUACUGCACUGCAUAUAGCAACAAAAAAGGGCCGAACACAGGUUUGUCCUUGUUAUGAACUUACUUUCAUU